CACUUACUCUUUUUCGUCGUAUUGCUCAGUCUGUCUCUGUCUCUCGUCUAUAUAAAUCUUAGUGGCCUGCCACUCUGCCUACAGGUGAGCUCUCGCAAUAAUACGUGCUUCCGGAGGAUCCUCGUCAUCGUCUUGAAAGGGUAACAGAGCUAGUAUGGCAGAAUUAAACCUUGGUGUCCUUAUUGAUAUUGUGGACGAGGAAUGGAUGAGAGACACUUUGCCUGACGAUGAUCUUCCAUUGCCCCCACUGAUGGCUAGUCGUACUGAUGAUGCUGAGGAUUUAAAUGAGGAGUCUCAACAAGUAAAUGAAGAUACUUGGCAUGAACUUGCAAUUGGGACCGAGUAGAAUUCCGGGCAUGAAGAUCUUUGUCAUGGCAUUGGUGCUGAGUCUUGGUUUUGUAUGGAUCCUUUAUAUGGGAUAUGUUUGACCUUGUAAGUCUAUAAAAUUCGUGGUUCCAAAUUUCUUGCAAGUCUAUCAAAUUUCUUACCACAGGUCCACAGGCAAGCCAACGGAUGGUUUGUUGACCUAAAAUUACUUAAUGAAAAUUUCUAGUCUGCACAUGCCUU